GUCUUAUAGGAAACAUAGAAGUUCUAGAAUCUAAUCUAGGAUACGGAAUCACGUUUGAAAUACUUCGUUAUAAAAAACUAGCAGGUCACUAAGUUGAUAUUAAUGUCGAAAUUAUUAAUACCAUUGUGCUUAUUAUGAAGGCUACAAAUCUAAGGUAAGUUUAGAAGCUUUAGCGUCCUAAAUUUUGCUUAAUUUUUAAGAAAUUGCUGAAUUAUACAUGUCAUCCACUGUGCCUUAUUUACACUGAAAUCUUAUUUAUUGAUUUCAGGCCAUCAAAAAACAAAACAAAUAUCUAUCCAACUGUAGAUACAGUGAAUUUAACAUCGAGUUAUAUCUUGUUUUGACUGUGGGAAAUGCAUUAUAUACGCAGAAGUGUAACUGAUGGGAAAAAUAUAAGCCAAAAUUUAGGCAGAUUUUUUGUUUGUUUUAGGGAUAUGGGCCUUGAAUUAUUUAAAUCAUACAUAAUUUGUGAUCAGAAUGUUCGUAGCAGGACCAUAGAUGGAAUUCUUGUGUUGAUUGAGAAAGAAAGAAAUGGCGAAAUGGUUGAUCAAUGUCUGAUUCAAAGGCUUGUAACUAUGCUUUCCGAUUUGCGGAUUUACCAAGAAUCUUUUGAGAGUAAAUUCUUAGAAGAAACAAGCAGGUUCUAUGCAGCAGAGGGAAGGAAGCUAGUGCAAAAUAAAGAGAUUCCUGGGUGUCUUUACCACAUCAAGAAGCUCCUAGAAGGAGAAGUAGACAGAGUUAGAACCUACCUAUGCCUUGACACACAGUAAGAAUUACGUAUUUUGUAUUUGUGUAUGUAAUUUCUAUAUACCAUAUUUAUAUACACUUUGAUUUUGCUUU